AGCUCGAGGAGUGUGAAACCGCGUGUUAAUGUAACCAGCGCGGGCGGAUACAUUGUGUCCCGUUUAUUGAGAUCCCGCCGCCGCCGCCGAUCUGGGUUGUGUGUCCCGUGGAGUUUUCUUAUUACGCGUUGCUUUUGUUUCCAUGGAAGAAAAAUCCUUGUGAUUAUUUGGGGGGCGGGGGGAGAUCGCCUUCUCCCCACCCCCGCCUGGAUGUUUCCUCGAGGGAUCCUGGAAAGAACUUUGGCCCGGGAUUGAGCGAGCCGGAAAGAGAGAAAGAAAGAAAAGGUGGAGGGGAAAGAAGAGGCCUCGAGCAGACUGCCUAGGAUGCUGCUUUUCCUACUGCGUGUUUUUCUUACUGGGCUCUAGUGUGGAGAUCGCCUCGCGCUGUCCGAUGCGCUGCGGGCCUAGAGAGGCAACGCUGGGGUUACUGCAAGGGGGAGCCGUCCCUUGAGUUUUGCCCCGUCUGCAGGGGGUGGGUAACGUACGGGAGGGGGAAGAGAGACCGAAGGGGUUAUCUUUUUUUCUUUUCUUCCUAUGCAACUCUCUGGAUGAGAAGAAGCGGUGGGGAUUUGCCUCUCGUUUUCUUUCCUGAGUCAGGUUGCUUUUUGCACAGCGAUUUAACUCUUCCCCACCCCCUCGAUUUCCUUCCCCGUGUCCCGAGUGUGACCUGUGGUCUUACGCCAGGCGCUGGGAGCAACGCGGCCCUUUGUAGUGGGACCCCCUCGCUUUGAGAUCGAGCCCCUCCGCCGGACUGGGCACUUGACUUAGUUGGAUUUCCCUCUUGGAUCGAGGAGGCAAAGCGGGGGGAAAGAGUCGUCACCGCCGCUUUCUGGUCUUACAAGUGCGUCGUGCAAGUUCUAAGCUGGCCAAGUCAGAAGGGAUUAUUUACUGAGAGAGAGGCGGGCACCGCCAGCAACAAGGAAGGAUCCGUCCCAGCCCAGACCUCGCCUGAGGCCCCUCUGCUCAUCCAGAUCCCGCCGGUGACUUUUCCUUUCCUCUCCCCCAAAGCCGACAACAAAGGAAGCGACUGCCACGGGCUGGAAGGAGGCGACGGUGGGAGGAUGAUCCUGCAGCUCAGCCGAGAGACGGAGUAGCGCAUUCCCAGCCCCCGGGUUGCCCCUCGUCUGUUUUGUUUUCUCGGGAUCUAAAGUUUGGGGAUCAGUCGAGAAUUGAGCUGCAAAGGAGCAAAAUAGCGGCGGCGGCAGCCAGAGCCAUGUUCCCUCAGAGCCGGCAUCCCACGCCACACCAGGCUGCAGGGCAGCCCUUUAAGUUCACCAUCCCAGAGUCUCUGGACCGAAUCAAAGAGGAGUUCCAGUUCCUCCAAGCUCAGUAUCACAGCCUUAAAUUGGAAUGUGAGAAGCUGGCAAGUGAAAAGACAGAAAUGCAGAGGCACUACGUGAUGUAUUAUGAAAUGUCAUAUGGAUUAAAUAUUGAAAUGCACAAACAGACUGAAAUUGCCAAGAGAUUGAAUACAAUCUGUGCACAAGUCAUCCCAUUUUUGUCUCAAGAACAUCAACAGCAAGUGGCUCAAGCAGUAGAACGUGCCAAACAAGUGACCAUGGCUGAGCUGAAUGCCAUCAUCGGGGUACGUGGCCUUCCAGGUCUACCUCCUACACAACAGCAGUUGCAGGCUCAGCACCUCUCACAUGGCCAUGGACCUCCAGUGCCUCUAACCCCACACCCAUCAGGACUUCAGCCUCCUGGAAUCCCCCCGCUUGGAAGCAGCGCUGGCCUUCUUGCCCUCUCAAGUGCUCUGGGUGGGCAGUCUCACUUGGCAAUAAAAGAUGACAAGAAGCACCACGAUGCAGACCACCACAGAGACAGAGAUCCGGGCACAAGUAAUUCACUCUUGGUCCCAGACAGCCUGCGGAGCACAGAUAAACGUAGGAAUGGCCCUGACUAUUCCAAUGACAUGAAAAAAAGAAAGGUGGAUGAUAAAGAUUCAAGCCACUACGACAGUGACGGGGACAAAAGUGAUGACAACUUAGUUGUUGAUGUGUCCAAUGAGGACCCUUCAUCUCCACGGGCAAGUCCUGCUCACUCCCCACGUGAGAAUGGCAUAGACAAAAACCGCCUCAUGAAGAAGGAUGCUUCUAGCAGCCCAGCAUCCACAGCCUCAUCAGGAAGUUCAGCUUCCAUGAAAUCCAAAGAAAUUGGUUUGCAUGAAAAAGCCAGCACGCCUGUCCUGAAAUCCAGCACACCAACUCCACGAAGCGAUGUGCCCACACCAGGAACUAGCGCUACACCAGGACUCCGUCCAGGCCUUGGCAAACCUCCAACAAUGGACCCCCUGGUCAACCAAGCUGCAGCUGGCUUAAGAACACCACUGGCUGUACCAGGACCAUACCCCGCUCCAUUUGGAAUGGUACCCCAUGCUGGCAUGAAUGGAGAGCUGACCAGUCCUGGGGCAGCCUACGCCAGUCUACACAACAUGUCCCCCCAGAUGAGUGCUGCUGCAGCUGCAGCUGCUGUGGUUGCCUAUGGACGAUCCCCGAUGGUUGGGUUUGACCCCCCUCCUCAUAUGAGAGUACCUGGAAUCCCUCCAAAUUUGGCUGGAAUCCCUGGUGGAAAACCAGCAUACUCUUUUCACGUCACUGCAGAUGGUCAGAUGCAACCAGUACCUUUCCCUCCAGAUGCCCUCAUUGGACCAGGAAUACCUCGGCAUGCUCGUCAGAUCAAUACCUUGAAUCAUGGGGAAGUGGUGUGUGCUGUGACUAUCAGCAACCCAACAAGACACGUCUAUACUGGCGGGAAGGGAUGUGUCAAAGUCUGGGAUAUCAGCCAACCUGGCAACAAAAGUCCUGUUUCUCAGCUGGACUGUCUGAACAGAGAUAACUACAUUCGGUCUUGUAAAUUGCUCCCUGAUGGAUGCACCCUGAUUGUCGGUGGGGAAGCCAGCACGUUAUCCAUUUGGGACUUGGCAGCCCCAACUCCACGUAUCAAAGCAGAGCUGACAUCCUCCGCUCCUGCCUGCUAUGCUCUAGCAAUCAGCCCCGAUUCCAAGGUCUGCUUCUCCUGCUGCAGCGAUGGGAACAUUGCAGUGUGGGAUCUGCACAAUCAAACGCUGGUCAGGCAAUUCCAGGGCCACACAGAUGGAGCCAGCUGUAUUGACAUUUCUAACGAUGGUACCAAGCUCUGGACGGGAGGUCUGGAUAACACUGUAAGAUCUUGGGACUUGAGAGAAGGGAGGCAGCUACAGCAACAUGACUUCACAUCCCAGAUUUUUUCCCUUGGCUAUUGUCCUACUGGUGAAUGGCUGGCUGUAGGAAUGGAAAGCAGCAAUGUGGAAGUGCUACAUGUAAAUAAACCAGACAAAUAUCAGCUUCAUCUUCAUGAGAGUUGUGUGCUGUCACUCAAGUUUGCAUAUUGUGGCAAGUGGUUUGUAAGUACUGGAAAAGACAACCUCCUAAAUGCCUGGCGGACUCCAUAUGGUGCCAGUAUAUUCCAGUCCAAAGAGUCUUCAUCUGUGCUUAGCUGUGAUAUCUCCGUGGAUGAUAAAUACAUCGUUACUGGCUCUGGAGACAAGAAAGCUACUGUCUAUGAAGUUAUCUACUGAAAAAGAAAAAGGUUGAAAAUGUUAAUUUCUAAGAGUUGAACUGGGCCAAAAUGUUCUUAAUUUGUAGAUGUAGAAAAGGCUUUACCUUUUUAAAAAAAAUAAAAAUAAAAAUAAAAAAGGAAGAACUUGGUUUCCACUACACCAUGCUAUUCAACAUGUAUUAAACAGAAGAUAACCUUUUGGCAUCCAGCUGCUGGCGACUUGGACCAAUGUGAAGCAAGAAGUCAAGAUGGAUACAUGUAGCAUAGUUUUGAUGCAUUUUUAAAGCAGUGUCAUCUGGAGAUUGUUGCAGCCUUUCUUCCCCCCUGCCCCCUUUAUGACCUCAUAAAGAUCAUGCUCGUUGCUUGAAAUAUGUGGAAUUAUGGUUUCAGUCCUUGCAAGUCCACCUGCAUUCUGUCUUGUGUAGAGCAGUGGUAUCUUGGAUCAACUUGUUUCCUGGUUUUGCCUUUUGGGAUCUGGGUUUUUUGUAUUUUUUUUGUUGAAGAUCAAACAUUUGUAUAAAUUGUAAAUAUAUUUGGUUUAUUACAGUAAAGGCUUUAGUAUCAAUAAA